CAUAUUUUUAAUUGCGUUAUUUUAGGCGACGUAUCGAAUGCUGUGGAAAAUCUUUAUUGUGAUCUUGGAUUAAAAAAUGAUAAUUUGUGUCCUGUCGAUGGUGGCUGGACUUCUUGGAGCCCAUGGGGAUCCUGUUUUGGAAAAUGUGGAUUUAAAGGCAAAAGGACCAGACAUCGUACUUGCAGUAACCCAUUACCAUCUAAAACCGGUGGUCCUUGCAUUGGCCCAAAUUAUCAAACCGAGACCUGUCGAAUAACUGGAUGUACGAUGAGUGAUUAUGAAAAUGUCGCUCAUGACCAUCCUAUACGGAAAGAAGAGAUGAAAAUUAUCAAGCAGUUUCAUAGAAAGUUACCUGCUCUGAUCGAAUUGUGUUUUUCUGUCGACUGUUCAUUUUUUCUUGUAAAGAAGAUUCUUAGUGGCAGCGCGAUGCAUUAUUGGAAUGCUAUAAACUGCAUUAAAUAUGAUGUUGGAUGUCCAAGUCAUGGUGGUUGGAGCAAUUGGGGAGCAUGGUCGUUAUGCGGUGCUGUUUGCGGCAGAGGUCAAAAAUAUCGUACACGAAUUUGUAAUAGCCCUAUACCUUCGCAUCCUGAAUUAAUGUGCGAUGAUUCAGCAUUGGAAAUGAAAGACUGCAUAGGAUUUAACUGCAAGAAACACUCAAUGGGAACUUGGGCUAAUUGGAGCAAAUGGAGCACGUGUAGCGUACAAUGUGGUAGCGGUAUUCAAAUGAGAAAACGUUCGUGUUCGAAGAUGCAGAAUGCACAGGGAACUUCAUGCGAAGGUUCUACUAGGGAUGUAAAAAGUUGCACAAUUAAUAAUUGUUCAAUAAAUGGAAUGUGGUCCCCAUGGACAGUUUGGACAUCCUGUUCUUCAAGUUGUGGUAUAGGCACACAGUUGAGGAACAGAAUGUGUAGCAAUCCUUCCCCGAGUGGUAGUGGCAUGUCGUGUUCUGGUUCUGCUUCUGAAGUUCGUCAAUGCUUUAGUAAACCAUGUACAGUUAAAUCGCACGAAGUUGCACACUUUACAGAAGAAAGUAGUCUUCUUUAUAAUAUAAAUGGGAGAUCUUCGCGCUUGCUUCAUAUGUAUUUGAGAUUUUUACCAUUGAGGACGUACGGAGUACUUAUUUAUCGAACUGAAAAUAAUUGCAACGGAUCGAUGUGCGAUUUUGUAAAACUAUCAUUACGAAAUGGAAAAAUUGUACUCCUAUCUGAAAUUUCUGGCUGUACAUUGGGUCUAGUUCAUGAAGAUAAACUUCAAAUUGGACAGUGGCAUAUGAUAUUAGUUGCAAUAUAUGGAAUGCACGGGAUACUGAGCGUUAAUGAUGGUUUUCGUAAAACUUCUACGUUUUCGUGCACUCCGAUAUCAUAUAAUUUUGAUCAUAUGAUGAAAGUCGGAGAAGGAUUUCGAGGUCAAAUUCAGAAAAUAACCAUUAAUUUUGCAUCCAUUCAACUUCGUGUACCAAAGGGUAAAUAUGAUGAAAAGCAUGCAAACGUUCCUUUUAGCAGUAGUAACAUGGAAUAUUUAAUGGGAGACGACGAAGAAGGUUUCAUUUAUAUUGGCCUUACAGAAUCAGUUGCUGCACCAUGUCCAAAGAACAUGGAAUUUUGGCAAAUCACAAUGGCAAUGAAAGCAGAAAAUAUAAACGGUGUUGUGGCAAUUAUGCCAGAUGAUGCUUUAAAUAAGUAUAUUCUACUGCUAUUAGAAGAGGGGAAAAUAAAGCUUGGAUUUCAUCAGGGAGCAAUUCAUGUUGCAGCUGAAAGUAUAGAGCAUAUUUCAGUAGGAGAAUGGUUUGAAAUAGUAAUAGUCCAAGAUGGCAAAAAUUUGUACAUGCAAGUAAAUGGGAAUGAGAAGAGAUAUGUACCGUCGAUUUCAGAAAAAGUGAUUACAACUGCAACCAAUCUAAUCAUAGGGGCUAUACGUGAUGAAAUGAAAGAGAAGAUGUGUCCUAAAUGUACAGACAUACCACAAAUGAGUUUCACUCUUGGAUAUCUUAAUAUAGAUGGGAAUCAUAUUGAUCUUCUAUCAUUACCAGCUUUAGAUACAACGAGCAAACGAUUUGCGAGCCACACUAUUAGUUUAUCUGAUUACUACGAAGAAGUAUCAUUAUUAUUAGGUCAAGAGCUCAAAAUAUCGUGUUUUUAUGAUAAAAUUCCUCAUGAAAAUGGAAUCCUUAUAUUUUCUAGGAGAACCUACGUUACGUGGUUAUUAAUGGAUAAAAUAUUGCUAUCCUAUGGAAAGAAGUAAAUUAAAGUUGUGAUAAUAACUUUGAUCGCUUUAAUUAACUUCAUUAUUUUUAGAGAUACGACAAAUUUGAUUGACAAAAGUUGUAUGAUACCGAGGAUGUUGUAACAUUCCAAUAAUAAUUUUGUUGUAGGUGGAUGAUUUUCGGAAAUUUCAGUCAUCUCUAUUUUUUAAAUAAUAUGCUAUACUUGUUUGUUCCUAGCAGAAAAGUGAAUAUUUAGAUUACUACAAAUACCUAUAAUACAAGGCUAUUCGACGUGAUAUAAAAAAAUAAAACAACAAUUCUUAUUAAAGUUUUUUUUAUAAGUAUAUCUAAACGUAAUGAAGAUGAUUCUGGCGAUCGACGUUAUUAUGUACUGUAUCCUGUAUACAAGAUGUCCCACGUAAUUGGAGAACAUUGUUCUUUCAUCUUUAAAACGGUUAUAGAGGCACAUUCUGUGUAUUCGAUAUUUUUUACAAUUAUUUAUUCCUUAUCGAGCAGUGACUUGUUUAAUGUGAAGGACGAUGGUCGUGUUAGUACUAUUAAUAUUGC